CAGAGCGCAGCUACUGAGUGAACGGCGCGGACGCCAGCUUUUCUCGCGGAUUUACAGUCUUUAGCGUGUUUUCAGGACAUCCUUCGUGCACACGGCAAUUUGUAUACGACAAAAGAAACACCAGAAAGAAGUCUACAGCCAUCGCUUUUGGGCGAAAAAACCCUCUGCUGGGAUUUGUGACGACAUAGAUAUCAUGGACAGAUUUUAUGACCAGCAAGUUCCGUUUAUGGUCCCAUCAAAUAAAUCAUCUCAUGUGGAGGAACCAUACAACAGAACCAUCAAUGAGAGGAAAAGAAAGUUUGUAGAUAACGAACUUGCUCAGGACACAGAAGUAUGUUGUAUUCAGACUGACUUUCCUGUGUGCCUGUCUACUACAGAACUCUUCCAGGACCUCAGUCAGCUGCAGGAAAUCUGGAUUGCGGAAGCUCAGGUGCCUGAUGAUGAACAGUUUGUUCCAGACUUUCAGCCGGACAGCUUGACAUUUCAUGGCCCCCCUCCAGCCAAGAUUAAACGAGAACUGAGUCCUUCCAAAGAGCUCUCUCCCUGUAGUGAGGACAGGAGUGCAAUGCUGUAUGGAGAGAAGUGCCUUUAUAACUACAGUGCCUAUGAAAGGAAAACCUCAGUUGGGUUUAAGCCAUUGACUCCUCCUUCAACACCCGUGUCACCAUGCAGCUCCAACAACACUCACCCCUUGCGUGAACAGAUGCCCCCUCUUGUCCAUAAUUCGACAUUAGGGCAACGCUCCCUACACGGACAGCCUGCUGUGACCAGUUCCGCUCUCAGUCAGAGGGCCCUCCCGUUACAGAGUCAGACUCCACCUUUUGCUGUGCCAUGUCCACCUCAAGGCCACAAUGCCCCCUAUAACAAUGAGCACAGGUUUCAGCGCCAGCUCUCAGAACCAUGCUUGCCGUUCCCACCUUCCGAGGGAAAACCAAAUUACAUUCCCCAGGCAUCAAGCACUUCACCUAGAGAUGGCCGGCCACCAUAUCACCGGCAAAUGUCGGAGCCAGUGGUUCCUGUUCAUCCACAAUGUUUCAAACAGGAACUGUUGGACCCUCGCUACGCUGAGCAGGGUGUCCCAAACAUGGGCCCAUCCCAAGCAAACUUCCACCCAAUGGCCAUCAAGCAAGAGCCACGGGACUUUGGCUUUGACUCUGAAGUGCCUAACUGCCGGUCUUCAUUUGGGAGAGGAGCAAGCUUUUACCAAAGCCAAGAAAGUUUUUCAUUUGACAGGGAACAGCACUUGUAUUAUGAUGAUACAUGUGUAGUUCCUGAACGACUUGAAGGAAAGGUAAAACAGGAGCCUUCUGUAUUUCGUGAUGGCCUACCUUACCAACGCCGUGGAUCCCUGCAGCUUUGGCAGUUUUUGGUCACACUUCUCGAUGACCCUGCUAAUGGUCACUUCAUUGCAUGGACAGGACGGGGCAUGGAGUUUAAGCUCAUUGAACCAGAAGAGGUGGCGCGACGUUGGGGUGUUCAGAAAAAUCGACCAGCUAUGAAUUAUGAUAAGCUCAGUCGUUCUUUGCGUUACUACUAUGAGAAGGGCAUUAUGCAGAAGGUUGCUGGCGAGAGGUACGUCUAUAAGUUUGUGUGUGACCCUGAGGCUCUCUUCUCUAUGGCCUUUCCGGAUAACCAGAGGCCAAACAUUAAAGCUGAUCCCGACGGCCUGCCUGUUGGGGACGAUGAAACGCUACCCAUCACUCACUAUGAUGAAGCAAGCACUUACCUGGUGGAAGGAGGAGAGCAGUGUGUUACUGGAAUGCCCUUCCCUGAUAGCUAUGUGUAUUGACUCUCGUCCCCAAUCCAAAACUGUUGAGCAGAUUGGAGCAUGUCUGUCCCUGCUGCCUCUACUUCUGCCCUGUUGUUCAUUUACAGAUUAGCCCUCCCCCAAAAGUUGCAUAAAAUUAAUGGAAAUAUCAGCAAACUAUCAAAUCUCUGGCACUGGCCCAUGAGAAAGUAUCUGGGAAGUGAGGUAUAUCUGGACUUCUGCACCUUUGACCUGCUUUGUAGUGGAUGGUUAAUUGAUGCUGCAGAAAAUGUGAAGUCAGUGUGCUGAAGGACUGUUGGGUCUCUGUGCAGACUAAAAAAAUUGUAGCAAUUCUGUUUUGACAAUCUGUUUAAAAAGAAAAAAAAGAUGAAAUAUUAAGAGGUGCCCUAACAAAACAGCACUAUUUAAUAGCUGCCUAUUUGGGUACUAAUAGAUUUGAGUUACCUCAAAAUCAUGUAGACAUCUAUUAGAAAUGAAAAGGGCUUUAUUUUGCAAAAGAAAAACACCCAGUUAAUUCUUUAGUUUUGGUUCGUCUUGUUUAGUAAGCUGUUUUUUUUUCUUUUUUUUUUUUUUCCUUUUUUUUUAAACAAUAUUUUGGUUUAAUUACAUGCAGGACUGCUUCAAACAUGGAAUUUCUACCCAAUAUAAUGUUUUUUUUUGUUUGUUUUUUAAUUAAUUAUUAUUAAUAUUAUUGUUGGCUUGUUUUUAGUCAUUGUAAAUGUUGUGGGCUUGUUUUUGUAUCAUUAGCUUACUCUCCCACUCGAUUAUUCAAAGCUUAUUGCUCUAUAAUGAUGCUGAACCAGAUACACUCUUAAAGACACUCGGUCAGAUUACAGUGACUGUUAACCCAUUGUUAAACAUGUAUUUCGUAUGCAUUGACACUUCUUCCUUGAAAAUUGGUACAUUCAUUCAAAAAGGGAUGCACUAGAUAAACUUUCUUCAAGAGAGUUACAGCCUCUGACUACUUAAAAUGUAUUUAAGGGUCAGUGUUUUUAUCCUGUUUUGUAUGAUCUUUGACUUACUUUUCUUUGGCACUGUACAAGAUUUUAAACCUAUCAAGAUGGCAGGAAAGCCAGGACUUUGCAUGCAAUGAGGUGAAAACAACACCUUCUCCUGGACUCCUUUUCACUGCCAAUACGAAGUUGAUGAAAGACCACUGCUUCCUUUUUUUGCAUGGUACUCAACUGACAAUUGUCCACUAACAUAUCGCUUUAUGCUGGACAAGGAUGAAAUUAAUUUCUCUGCAUUGUUUUCUUUCUUCUUUUUUUUUGAGAAAGAUGAACUUAUAAAAAUAUAUAUUUUUGCAAAGUCUGCAUUGGGUUUGAUUUCAUUCUAUCAGCUGUAUAGUACCGCCUAAAAUGUUAAAAACUCUGGAUGCCUGUUGUGCUUUACCUGCAGAUCAGGGCUUUAUGGAUUCCCAUUGUGUUUGGUUAAAGCAACAUUUUCUGUAAUAGGCCUCGGAUACACAGAGACAAGCCCAUUUAUGGCUUACUUCAGGUUUUCAACACACAAACCAUAUAUUCAGUGUUUUAAUGACUUUGGUACAAACUAGGACUGUUUGGAAAGUACAUAGUGAGAAGGAAGUAUGCUUUGGUAUGAAAACUGAUCUAUAUGUAUUAGGCUUACUCACUGAAUGAGGGGCUUAUUAACCUCAAGCCCUGUCAGCAGAAGGAGGGGUCUGCAUGUGUAUAGGCUUCACCUUCCUUCAUAUUGUGUACCUUUUAGUUUAUGAUCUGUUCUGGGUACAAUAAACUGUUCUUUCUGCUUUA